CUCAGCAAGGGAGGAGGCUCCCAGAGUACAGUGGGCCUCCUGGCAGGCCUCCUGGCAUCUGGUCUGAGGAUGGCUGAGCAGCGGAGCCGGGAGCCUGAGGCCGAGUGCCCUGUCUGCUGGAACCCUUUCAACAACACAUUCCACACCCCCAAAGUGCUGGACUGCUGCCACUCCUUCUGUGUGGAAUGCCUGGCCCACCUUAGCCUAGUGACGCCUGCCCGGCGCCGGUUGCUAUGUCCACUCUGUCGCCAGCCCACAGUGCUGGCCUCUGGGCAGCCUGUCACUGACUUGCCCACGGACACUGCCAUGCUCACCCUGCUGCGCCUGGAGCCCCACCAUGUCAUCCUGGAGGGCCAUCAGCUCUGUCUCAAGGACCAGCCCAAGAGCCGCUACUUCCUACGCCAGCCACGGGUCUACACACUGGACCUAGGCCCUGAGCCCGGGAGGCAGGUGGGGCCCCCACAGAACACAGCCCCUGCCACCAGGCCUGUGCCCAUCCCCAGCCACUACUCCUUGAGAGAAUGUUUCCGCAACCCUCAGUUCCGGAUCUUUGCCUACCUGAUGGCCGUCAUCCUCAGCGUCACUCUGCUGCUCAUCUUCUCCAUCUUUUGGGCCAAGCAGUUCCUUUGGGGUGUGGGGUGAGCACUCUGUCCCAGGACAAAGAAGCAAAUCAUUCUUGCCUGCUGCUGCUGGGUAUGGGGCUGUGGAGCCUCAUUUGGGGAUGUCUUCCGUUGUAGUAUUGCUCAUUUUUAUAAUCCAGGGACCGGUUAGGCCAUGUGUUUGCUUCUGGGAACAGAAAAUCCUACUGUAAUGUCUACUCAAAGCUAAAGAGAAAAGACGUGCAGACACCUCUGGGUAUGGGCCUCGAGGUCACGGAAGGGUGACUACAGAGCUAAGCAGCAAGCUGUGCCAAAGGGCUGGACGAUGGCAUCUAGGAACCCGAGUGGCCCAAUCAGCAAGUUGCUUUUCUUACUGGAGCUGCUUCAGAUUCAGUUCCUUUUCCCCCUCUUUAUGAUGUUGCUAAAAAACUUAAAUUCUAUGAACAAAAUGUCUCUGUUUUCUCUUUGGCUAUCUUGCCACCAGUUCCAGUAAAAAUGGCCUGCAUUCAUAAUUGUACUCAACUUACUCAUCAACAACUGUUUAU